CGGGCUGCCACUGACUGUGUUUCCUACUCCUGGUGUCUAGUGGUUCAGAGAAUGAUGUGGGGAGCCAGAUCUGGAAGGCUGCAGCAGCGCUUGUCGCAAACAUGAGCCCUGGCCCUGCCUGGCCCUCUCGGCUGCCCGAGCCCAGCUCUCCAGCCUGCAGACAUCCACUGGGCGACCCUCCUGCCCACUGCUGAGCCUGCCAGGCAGCGCCAUCUGCUCUGCAGCCUGUCCCUGGUGGGAAGGCACAAUGACCACGUUGUUUCUCUUCCAGCUCCCCGUCAAGACAUGGAAGCUGUCGCCAAGUUUGAUUUCAUGGCCUCGGGUGAGGAUGAACUGAGUUUUCACACUGGAGAUAUUCUGAAGAUACUAAGCAACCAGGAGGAGUGGCUGAAGGCGGAGCUUGGAAGCCAAGAAGGAUAUGUGCCGAAGAAUUUUAUAGAUAUCGAGUUUCCUGAGUGGUUCCAUGAAGGCCUCUCUCGACAUCAAGCAGAAAACUUACUCAUGGGCAAAGAAAUUGGGUUCUUCAUCAUCAGGGCCAGCCAGAGCUCCCCAGGAGACUUCUCCAUCUCCGUCAGGCACGAGGAUGACGUUCAGCACUUCAAAGUCAUGCGGGACAACAAGGGCAACUACUUCCUAUGGACUGAGAAGUUCCCGUCCCUGAACAAGCUGGUGGACUACUACAGGACGACUUCCAUCUCCAAACAGAAGCAGAUCUUCCUUCGGGAUAGAACCAGAGAAGAUCAGGGUCACCGAGGCAACAGCUUGGACAGGAGGCCACAGGGAGGCCCUCACUCAAGCGGAAAAGAAGGAGAAGAGGUCCGACCUUCGAUGAACCGAAAACUGUCAGACCACCUUCCUCCCGGUCCCCCGCAGUACCAGCAGCAGCAGCCGCCACCCCCCCAGUUCCCAGCAGGGCCACAGCCCCCUCCACAGCAGCGGCACCUGCAGCACCACUACUUUCACCAGGACCGCCGUGGAGGCAGCCUGGACAUAAACGACGGCCACUGUGGCAUUGGCAGUGAGAUGAACGCCACCCUGAUGCACCGGAGACAUACAGACCCCGUCCAGCUCCAGGUGGCAGGGCGAGUGCGCUGGGCCAGGGCGCUGUAUGACUUCGAGGCCCUGGAAGAGGACGAGCUGGGAUUCCGAAGCGGAGAGGUGGUUGAAGUCCUAGACAGCUCCAACCCGUCUUGGUGGACCGGCCGUCUGCACAACAAAUUGGGUCUCUUCCCUGCCAACUACGUGGCCCCCAUGAUGCGCUGAGUCCUACUGGGGGGGAGGACUGGGGGCUUUUCUGUCUGAAGCCGCCUGCAAAACAGGGGCGAGGAGAAAGAGCUGGACCUUGUAACUACACAUACAUGCAUACAAGUGCAUGUGUGCCUGAGUGUACACAAAACAUAUAUAUGUAUGCCUAUGUCUACACACAGCGUUGCACAAUAGUAAUUUAUUGGCAGGCCAGUUGGUUCAAUGACUGACAGAAGUGGCGAGUGGGGUGUUUUUCCAGCUCCUCUCUGUGUGAGAGGGCAGCAGGGAGCUGGGAACAGGGCGGGGAAACGGACUUCUCUCAAUCCUUGAACUUUCACGGCUUCCUUCCUGGCUUGGGGAUUUUCCAGGAGAGCUAGCAGCUAAGCAGAGAUCACACCCCAGCGAUGGACACACAGGAUGGGGCUGGGCUUGGCCGGGCACGUCAGGUAGCUCACCUGGCCCCAUCCACCUACAGGGUAGCUUCCCUCCUGUUCUCCAAAGGGUAGGCACUGAGCCCUGAGAAUUAAGGUGUAGCUGAUGCAGGGCCAUGGGCACCAAACAAGUCUGAGCAGCAGGCAGGCAAGGGCGUGGUCAGGUUGUCUCUGCUCCAUGUGGGAGAGCCCUGCAAGCCUCAGGCCUAGUCAAUGUCUGCCUGGGACUUUUACUUUCCACUGGUGACUGUCCCUUGGGUAGGCCUCUUCCCCAUGCCUGGCAAGAGAGCGUGUCUUGGAGACACUGCAGAGCCGAGUGCUAGGGAAUAUACAGGGGAUCUCCACAGGCCCCUGUAGCUUACUUGAAUGGAACUUCCAUUUCCCCAGCUGCAAAGGAAGGUGUAGCCCGGACUCUACAAAGUGCUUGGAGAAGCCCUGGAUGAGAAUGUGGGCUGUGUCAGUAGCCUCGCUUUGUGGUUACAAGAACGUCUCUGUGGAGCUCAGUUGGGUUUUGCUCCUGAUUUUUCUGUGGUUGACGAUAUCUUUGCCAGUGGACCAGAGGGAAGCCAAGAGCACUGACUGCAGAGCAAUAGAGAGAUUGACAGACUGACUCUAACCUGGACAGGAGCUUCAUGGAAAUGUGUUUCCCCUCCCGUCUGAAUGCUUGGCCUCCCCUGGCCUCCCUCCACCUACAAAGAGGAACCCCACUGCCACAGUCCCUCUUUGUCACCUUAAACUAGAAGUGUGUGUCCUGGUGCCCACCCUAGGGAAUAAAGCACAAGAGAAGCCUGGAUGAGGGAGGAGAGACACUGGAGAGAAAUCUCUGUGUUUUUGUGGAGCCUGGGAGUAAAGAUGUCAGAACAGAAGGCACUUACAAGGGUGUCAGUGUAGUCACGUGUGUGUGUGUGUGUAUGUGUGUGUUCUCAGAUAGGAAAGGAAGCUCUGAGGUGAAAGUGAUGGUGAGGGUAUAUGGUGAGGGGCCCUGUCUCCCGUGUCCCCUCCAGCUUUAGGGAGGGACUGGAAGGUAUUUGUUCCUGACGGCAAUAAAAGACCAAUCUGUGACUCACCCGUUACUGCAGUGUGGCAUACGCUCCGUCCCUUGUGACUCUGAUUCAACAAUUCUCUGAUUCUUUGGAGACAGAGAGGGAGAGAGGGACUAGGAGGGAAGAGAGAAUAGCCUGGAAGUGCAGGGAGGCAGAGUGUGAGCGAGCGAUGGGGCCUUGGGAAGGGAAAGCAGGCAAAGAAGAAGAUGAGCAGCAGAUGAGGGAGGAGGGGGUCAAGUGGGACAGCGAGAGGAGGCGUGGGCAGCCGCUGAAGAACAGAGCCCCCCACCACCGCCAAUGCAGACAGGAGAACAAAGAGUGCACUAGAAAGAGGCAAAGAGCAGAGAGAGGCCCCCAAGGAGGAGAAAUGAGAAUAGAAGCCGAGGCAAAGCGGGCCUCUAUCAGCAAGCUUGGUAGUAGGUGAUAUGAAACAUUACAGUAAAUAAAAGCCAGAAGUGAUGUUUGGUUUUACAGUAUUUGCAAACCAUAUGCUUUAGACAGCCCACGAACUUCACUCGGCUGGUUCCGUGGGAGGAGCAGCCCUGGCUGAGGCAGACAUGACUAGCACGGUUCUGGUCUAGUUACUGUAACUUGAAAUGAGAAUACCCGUAAUAAAAGUUU